AUGGAAGUGGCUUCAUGGAUUCGUCAUCUGAUACAACAACAAUCAGCUCGAUCACUUGGUGAUUUUUCCCUUUUGGUCCCAGCAGGAAAAAAUCGUUAUAAAAUUAGUGUUAUAUCAAAGAAGGAUUUUUUGUUGCUUUGGAAUUGUAAGUGGCCAAGUGUUAUGAAUAAAAUUGAUAUUGAAAUAGAAAGACCUCGUGUUUUACCUGAUUCAUGUGCAGUAGUUUUACGUUAUGUACCAACGAAUUUACCAAGGGAAUUUUUUAUUCAGGAAAUAUCAAAAUCAAUUAAAUCAGCUAUACAAUUUUCAAAAAUCAAUUAUCAUCAGGUAUUAAAUAUUGGUCGUUUAGCUAUUGGUCAUGUACUCUUACCAAUAACUGCAUUUAUACCUGGUCUUAAAAUGACUUAUUGUAAUAAUUGUUGGGAGUUAGGUCAUACAAGAUAUCAAUGUACAUUAGGUCCACGCUGUCGAAAAUGCUUAGAUCCAUGGAAUCAUAAUCAUACAUGUCAAAAAGUAGUAUUAUGUGCUCAAUGUCAAGGUGCACAUGCUUCUCUUAGUACGGAAUGUCCUGUAGUUUCACAUUAUCGUCGUACUUUAAAGGAAGAAGUAAAUCAUGCAGUUAAGGAUGGAUGGUUAAAUCAGGUCAAGGUGGAUCAUAAAGGUGGUACAGGUAGUAUUGGUGAUUUAGAUUAUCCAGCACUUAAUCUUAAAAUUAAACAACCAAACAAACCACGGUCAGCGUGGACAGAUGUACAAGCAGCACCAAGUAAUUUACAAAAUUUUCAAGGAACAGAUCAAUUAAGUGAACUGGUUACACAAAUGAAAAUGAAAAAAAAAUCCUUAAUAAAUAAACAAGCUAUUUCUGUUUUAGCAAAUAUUAUGCAACAAAUGAUUAAUGCAUCCUUAGAAAAGAAAAAUAAACAAACCCUUCUACAAAAGAUUGCUCAACAACUUGAAGAAUUUAAAGAUGAUCUUACAGUGAAAGUUAAUUCACUUUCUAUGGACAUCAAUCAUCAUCAACAACAAUCAAAAUCAAUCUCAGCAACACCACCUUCAAUUCUUCUUAAUAGAACUACAAAUCAAACAAAAACAACAACAAUAUCAAGUAACAAAGGUAACAACGUUCCGAUGGACUUCGAGCAGUCGAUGGAAAUAACUGAUGUCUAG